UCCUGGGGCGCGACGCCAUGGAUCCGGUCCUCCUCAGCGCCCAGGCUCCCGUCACGCCGCAGCCACCGGAAGGGUGGCCGCCCGUGAUCUCCGAGGAGGAGCUGUACGACUGCCUGGAUUACUACUACCUGCGCGACUUCCCGGCCUGCGGGGCCGGACGCAGCAAGGGUCGGACGCGGCGCGAGCGGGAACUGCGCACCAACUGGCCGGUGCCCGGCGGCCACGAGCGCAAGCUCGCGCAGAAGCUCCUCAACGGCCAGCGCAAGCGUCGCCAGCGCCAGCUGCAGCCCCGCGCGCGCACCCGCCUGAUCUGAGCGCAGGUGCGUGCGGGCCGUAGACGCCGGGACCCUGGCCCAGCAUCCUGGCCACCCGGGCGCCGGUCGCGUCGGCCGUCUGCAACUGCGGCGGGCAGUGGCGCCCCCUCCGCGGCGGCUCCCGCUGGCGAGUCACGGCCGGCCCCGCUCGCCCCUGGACCGCAGUACGAAUGGUGUGAAGGAUCGGCACGGUCAGAUUGGGGAGUCGGAGAAGAGGCUCGGCGGUGCGGAAACAUCUCUUUAAGACUGAGUGGAGCAUUUUCCUCCAGCGCCUGCGCGCGGGCCGGGAACGGUGAUCGGCGUGUCGGUUCCCUGCAGGGUGCCCGGCGGCACCGAGCGAAGCGUUUUCUCCGGCUCGGCGGCAGCUGUGCUCGGCAGGGGAGAAUGCAUGUGGGCCAGCAUGACUCCUUCCCGACGUCGCCCAACUUGACCGCCGCAGCCUCUUUUCCUUGUGAUUGUUAAGUAACACCAAGUGUCCAAGGGGUGUGCCUUUUUAGGGUUUCUAAUUAAAGCAGCAAGAACGGCA